AUGAAACAAUUUUUAACAUUACAUAAUUUAGAUAAAAGGUCAAGCAUUGUCGUACUUUUAAUGGAUGAGACAUCAUCAAAUAUCAUGACUCUACUUUAUGGAAUCGGAAUCGGAAUAUCAAUCUUAGUGUUCUUUAUUAUGACAAUCUGGGGCGCUUGUGACGAACGUGGAUGUUGCCGUCAAAGUGACAAUCGUCCAAUUGCUAACAGUAUCAAUCCAGAACAAUCACAAAUAGAACAUUGA